AUGAGUCUACGCGCCAAACGCCCUAGAAUGAGCACGGAUGAAGCAGGAACAGAAAAUGAGGGCGAUGACUUCGCGGAGCUCCCAGACCAGCAUGCUCUCCUCACUCAUCACGACCUCCCUUUCGUAUUGCCGAUCCCGAAGGCAGGUGAGAGCCUGGAAGUCACCGCAAAAAAGCUUCGCAGCAUAGCCGAUGCAAUCCGCAGUGGGGGAAGCUUAUCUUUGACGAAAAUGGACCCUACUCAACCUCCGCUCAGCAACGCAGAAGCUCACGCCAUUGAACGAAUGAAAGAAGUCGAACUGGAGCAGUACGAGAAGUGGAAACAGGGAAAUUUCCAAUUGCCCAGCAUCAUUUGGGACCGGCACCGCUCGUACGUGGACGAGCCCGGCAUGAAGACGUUCUCCCUGCGCGCCGCGGCGAUGAAUACCAUCUGGAAUGUUCAAUGUGCAGUGCCAGAGAACGCAGUCUGGGCGAGCCUCAAUCUACCCACCGUGCUGCCGCUGAUGAAGGCUGUCACGAAGCUCUUGACGAUUCAAAUGUCCGAAACCCCCAGUCUGAGUGAAAGCGAGAUUGCUGAGAUUCAAACCCUCCAACUCAUUGCUGUCUCGGCGGACGGAAACAUUGCACGAGAACGAGAGCGGGUACGCCAGUUAGUCAGCUCUAUCACUGAGUCGCAAGCGGUGCUCAGGGAGAGGAGUAAUAGGCUAAAGAGCUCUGCAAAGUAG